AUGGGUCUGACGUUGCGGGAUAUCGGGUCACCUAUGACGGAAGACAGUGAAUUUGAUGGCGGUGGUGGUGCGCCUCCGAGUCCCAGCACUCUCACUGAUAUCAUUCUCACACUGCAUGCGUCGCUGUAUGGUGCCAAACGCAGUGCGGAAGAAAUCAAAGAAAUGGUCUGGAGAUACUAUGAUUCCAAUGCAGUGUUCGAUAGCCCGUUUGUGUCUGCACAUGGUUCGAACCGCAUCAUUGACCAAUUUAUGAUGGCUUUCUCACUACCAGGUUUGGACGUUCGAUCCGAGCUGCGUGAUGUGAUCUGCAGUGACUUUGAAUUCGAUGGUACACGCGCAGGCAUCAUUGAUCAUACAGUGACUGUGACAUUCUUUCCCAAUAUCUUUGGGCGGCCACGGCAAACGCCGCUCAGUGGUCGCUUCACCCCUGGCCCGCUGGCCAGUCAAGGGAGUAUUACCCCGCAUCCCUUCUUAAACUACCCGAUGUCAUCAGGUGAUCACCAUGGUCCUGUGCGCCGCCGUACAGGGAUGUCCUACGUGCAAAGUCCACUCACCCCUUCAACACCGUUUUUGAACGCACCUACCAGCGCGAGUGGGUCGAAUAGCAUGCAUUCUUCACGUCCUCGGACGCCCGGUUGGGUACAGGAGUCGUCUCUUUCAGCGCCUGGACUCGCUACAUCAAAUGGGGCCUUGGAUUCCUCGCCGGUGCAAGCUUCGCGGGGUGAUAGUGUACCCAUGGAAGCAUUGCCAGAGCAGGAAAGGCAUGAAGUGCCGCCACUUGCCGCGUUAUCAAGCGGUAUGCCACAGGAUGCCGUCAAAUCGCACUGGACCGCACCGCAAGGCCUGGGCCGUCGUCCUCUCUGGGUUCUCAUAUAUGAUAUCCUUCAUCCACUUGAAAUCCUUCGGGCGUUUUUCUCUGUGGAAUUACGUAUCUUUAGCCGUCUGGAAUUCAAUGAAGCUGGACGAAUUGUACGCCAUGAAGACACAUGGAGUGUACGGGAGCUGGUGGAUGGUACACUGCCUUUCCUUUCCUUAUUCUACAACCUGCAACGAUUUUUGACGGGGCUGUUCAUGUCUUGGCUUAUUCAUAUGUGGCGCUGA